CAAGACGGGUCGUUCGUUAAUUACUUCUGCAAAUCACCUUUGAAAAGUCUAAAUUGGUGUUUUUUUUUUAAAAAAAAAGGGGGAUUUCAUACGCAGGAAUCCGAAAGAGCAAAAAAAAAAAAAAUUUAGAAGUUCAGCUGAGUAUUUGAAUUUUGACACGUCUUUUCAAUUUACUUCCGGGUUAUUUUUAUUUUAUUUACUCCAAUAAACCUUUUUUCCUGAAAUCGUAUUUCAGAAUUUAGCUGAAGAUUGCGUGGCUAGUUGGAGACACAAGUUGAAAAAGAUGAGGGAGAAGCUAGGUUUUUGGCUGUGUAUAUUGUUUUUGCUCUGUGGGUCUAGUUUGGGAAGGUUUGUUGUGGAGAAAAAUAGCUUGAAAGUUACGUCGCCGGAGUCAAUUAAGGGAGUUUAUGAAUGUGCAAUUGGGAAUUUUGGUGUUCCUCAGUAUGGAGGAACCUUAGUUGGCACAGUUGUUUAUCCAAAAGCUAAUCAGAAGGCAUGCAAGGGUUAUGAUGAAGUUGAUCUCUCCUUUAAGUCAAAGCCCGGAGGAUUGCCUACUUUUCUCCUUGUUGAUCGGGCAGAUUGUUACUUUACCAUGAAGGCCUGGAAUGCACAAAAAGGUGGAGCAGCAGCUAUUCUUGUUGCAGAUGAUAAGCUCGAGCCAUUGAUAACCAUGGAUAACCCUGAAGAAGAGAAUGCAAGUGCAGAAUAUCUCGAAAACAUCACCAUCCCCUCAGCCCUCAUUAGCAAAUCUUUGGGGGAUAGCAUCAAGAAAGCUCUAAGCAGUGGGGAUAUGGUUAACAUGAACUUAGAUUGGACAGAGGCUCUUCCUCAUCCUGAUGAGCGUGUUGAGUAUGAGUUUUGGACAAAUAGCAAUGAUGAGUGUGGACCAAAGUGUGAGAGUCAGAUUGAGUUUGUUAAGAGCUUCAAAGGAGCAGCCCAGAUACUUGAGCGGCAAGGGUACACUCAAUUCACCCCUCACUAUAUAACUUGGUUCUGUCCUGAAGCAUUUAUCCUGAGCAAGCAAUGCAAGUCUCAGUGCAUCAACCGGGGGAGGUACUGUGCUCCUGAUCCUGAGCAGGACUUCAGCCGUGGAUAUGAUGGGAGGGAGGUUGUGGUUCAAAAUUUACGGCAAGCUUGCUUCUUUAAAAUUGCCAAUGAAAGCAGAAAACCAUGGCUUUGGUGGGAUUAUGUGACUGACUUUGCAAUCCGUUGUCCUAUGAAAGAUAAGAAGUACAACAAAGAGUGUGCAGAUGAGGUUAUCAAGUCUCUUGAUGUUGAUCUCAAGAAGGUUGACGAAUGUAUUGGAGACACUGAGGCCAAUGUGGACAACCAAGUUCUUAAAGCUGAGCAAGAUGCUCAGAUUGGCAAAGGUUCCCGUGGAGAUGUGACUAUCCUACCUACUCUUGUAAUAAACAACAGACAGUAUAGAGGUAAGUUGGACAAGGGAGCAGUUCUCAAAGCUAUUUGUUCAGGUUUUCGGGAGACUACAGAACCAGCCUUAUGUUUAAGUGAAGAGUUGGAAACCAAUGAGUGCUUGGAAAACAAUGGUGGGUGUUGGCAGGACAAAACUGCUAACUUAACUGCUUGCAAGGAUACUUUUCGAGGAAGAGUGUGUGAGUGUCCUGUAGUACGAGGCAUGAAGUUUGUUGGUGAUGGUUACACUCAUUGUGAAGCUUCAGGAUCUUUACGCUGUGAAAUUAAUAAUGGUGGUUGUUGGAAGAAAACCCAAGAUGGCAAGACUUAUUCGGCUUGUAAUGAUAAUUCAGCAGGUUGCAAGUGUCCACCUGGAUUCAAGGGUGAUGGAACCAACUGUGAAGAUGUGGAUGAGUGCAAAGAGAAGCUGGCAUGUACAUGCCCAGAAUGCAAAUGCAAAAAUACCUGGGGCAGUUAUGAGUGCAGCUGUGGUGGUGGAUUAUUGUACAUGCAAGAGCAUGACACUUGCAUAAGUAAAGAUGCAAAAUCAGAGUUUAGCUGGGGCUUCAUUUGGAUCCUCAUUCUUGGUUUGGCUGCUGCUGGUAUUGCAGGAUAUGCAGUUUACAAAUACAGAAUCCGGAGGUACAUGGAUUCAGAGAUACGAGCGAUCAUGGCACAGUACAUGCCGUUGGAUGGUCAAGGAGAGGUUCAUCAUGCUACCAACAGCCACAUUGAUAUCUAAGACUCAGACUCAGAGACAAAGCAUCACAUAGCCAUAGUAUGCUUAGAAUUAUACUUGUUUUAUCUGUUACAAAGUCAGUGCUGUAGUAAUAUAUUUACUUCGUUCUUUGGUUAGAAUUAUAGACUUUUCUAGUUUUGAUUGGGCAGUUAACUUCUACUGUAAAUUUUAACAUGUUAAAAAUGUUGCACUGUUUACACCUUAAUGAUUUUGCAUGUGAUCCACGGCUUUAGUACA